UCGAAUGAAUUACGCAAUUCAUUAAAUAAUUAUUUAGCGGCGGUGCUACUAUAUAUAAAUCCUGCAUAAAUAUCACCGGCGACCGACAACAAAAAUGGCGGAGAAAGAUAAGACUGUUUGUGUCACCGGCGCCGGCGGCUUCGUAGGUUCAUGGCUCGUUAAACUCCUUCUCUCUAAAGGCUACACUGUUCAUGGCACCCUCCGAAAUCCCGGGGAUGAGAAAUACGCGUAUUUGAGGAAACUCGACAAUGCAGCGGAAAAGCUGAAGUUCUUUAAGGCAGAUUUGCUUGAUUUCGACUCCAUUCUUGCAGCGGUUAAAGGAUGUGUCGGGGUUUUCCACGUGGCCUGCCCCGUCCCACCGAGCUCCGUUCCAAAUCCAGAGGUGGAAUUAGUUCAGCCAGCACUCAAUGGCACUCUCAAUGUCCUAAAAGCAUGCUCCGAAGCAAAAAUCGGGCGUGUUGUGGUUGUAUCUUCGAUUUCUGCAGUUCUAAUGAUCCCAGAUUGGCCCCAGGAUCGGGUGAUGGAUGAGGAUUGUUGGUCGGAUAAGGAGCACUGCAUGAAGACUAAUAACUGGUAUACCUAUUCGAAAACAGUGGCUGAAGCCGAGGCUUGGGAAUACGCAAAGAAGAGCGGGCUUAGUGUUGUCACAGUAUGUCCAAGCCUCGUGCUGGGGCCGUUGCUGCAGGAGACUGCAAAUGCCAGCAGUUUGGUUCUUAUUAAGCUUUUGAAAGAAUGCUAUAAAGAAAUUGAAAACAACCUUCGGAAGCUAGUAGAUGUGCGUGAUGUGGCCGAGGCCUUAAUACUAGUCUACGAGAAGCCCGGAGCUGAGGGCAGAUACAUAUGCUUGGGUCACUUGAUCACGAAUUUGGAAUUAGUGGAUAUGCUCAAGACAUUUUAUCCCAACUACGACUAUCCACAAGGCUUCAAAGAUGGGAAAGAUCAGCUGAAAAUCAGUUCAGAGAAGCUGCAAAAACUGGGUUGGAAACCUAGGCCAUUGAAAGAAACUAUUGUGGACUCUGUUGAGAGUUACAAAAAGUUUGGCAUCCUUUGGGCAUGAAGUGCACCUUAUGCUUCAAUCGUUGUACCUAAGAACCUUUGCAUGUUCAUCUCAUGGAUAUUUGCAGUUUCUUAUUUUACUCCUCUUUAAAAGUUUAGAAUUAUGUAACUGGGUUUUGAUGAAGAAUGUGAUAUUUUACGGCUAA